UGCUAAACUAUUGUGAAUGCGUUUCACAACGAAGAAGAUUUUUGUGCUGUGAAAUUUUGGAGUGGAUUGCUUUAUACGAAAAAAUUGCAAUUUUCGUGAUAAGUUGCUGAAAUGUCUGACAACGAGGAUGAUUUUAUGUGCGAGGAUGAUGAGGAUUACGGAUUGGAAUAUUCGGAAGAUAGUAAUUCUGAGCCCGAUGUGGAUCUAGAAAAUCAAUAUUACAAUAGCAAAGCCUUGAAGGAAGAUAAUCCGAAUGGUGCCCUGGCUUCGUUUCAAAAGGUGCUGGAUUUGGAGGGAGGUGAAAAGGGUGAAUGGGGUUUCAAAGCUCUCAAACAGAUGAUCAAAAUAAACUUUAAAUUGAAUAACUACAAUGAGAUGAUGGAACGAUACAAACUGCUAUUGACCUAUAUUAAAAGUGCUGUAACACGAAAUCAUUCGGAGAAGUCGAUCAAUUCCAUUUUGGAUUAUAUUUCCACAUCUAAAAAUAUGGAAAUUUUGCAAAAGUUUUACGAAACUACAUUGGAUGCAUUGAAGGAUGCUAAAAAUGAUCGUCUCUGGUUCAAAACCAAUACCAAAUUAGGCAAACUCUACUUUGAUCUUGGCGACUUCAUAAAAUUACAAAAGAUACUUAAGCAACUGCAUCAAUCCUGUCAAACAGAUGACGGUGAGGAUGAUCUAAAGAAGGGCACGCAAUUGCUGGAAAUAUAUGCGUUAGAGAUUCAAAUGUAUACUGUGCAAAAGAAUAACAAGAAGCUAAAGGCGUUAUAUGAACAAUCCUUGCAUAUUAAGUCCGCAAUACCACAUCCACUUAUUAUGGGUGUAAUUCGUGAGUGUGGCGGAAAAAUGCAUUUGCGAGAAGGUGAAUUCGAAAAGGCGCAUACCGACUUUUUCGAAGCAUUCAAGAAUUAUGAUGAAUCAGGAUCUCCGCGACGAACGACAUGUUUAAAGUAUUUAGUUUUGGCUAAUAUGUUAAUGAAAUCCGGUAUAAAUCCUUUCGAUUCGCAAGAAGCCAAACCAUAUAAACAAGAUCCUGAAAUUGUUGCCAUGACAAAGCUGGUUAUUUCGUAUCAAAAUAACGACAUUACAGAAUUUGAGUCUAUUUUAAAAACCAAUCAUAAAAACAUUAUGGAUGAUCCGUUUAUACGUGAACAUAUUGAAGAUUUGCUUCGCAAUAUACGCACACAGGUGCUAAUAAAACUCAUACGACCUUAUAAAAAUAUUAGAAUACCAUUUAUAGCUACAAAAUUGAAAAUUGAAGCCGUUGAAGUUGAAAGUCUGCUGGUAUCGUGCAUAUUAGACAACACAAUCCAAGGACGCAUCGAUCAAAUGAAUCAAAUUCUUCAACUUGAUAAAGAAAACAGCAAUGCAGCACGCUACAAUGCGGUGGACGGCUGGGCGAAUCAAAUAUCAUCUUUACAUCAGGCUGUAGUUAACAAAAUGGCAUAAGAGAUGAUCGUGUAGAGUUGUGUUAUGCGGGUUCAAAACAUGCUUGCUACAAUAAAAGCGUUCGAUUUGAA